AUGAAUCAGGCUGAUUUUGAUUUAUCUUGGGUCAAUAAUGAUGAUGAGGAUUCAUCACCGUACUUAGACAAUGCAUCAGAACUUCCACCGAUUGAUGAUGAAGAAAUUCGUCAAGUUGAAGCAGCCUUUUCUGAUAUGAUCGAUCUUACAUGUUCAGAUGAUUUAGAAGCAGAUGGAAAUAUUUUCGAACAUACAUAUAUUCCACAAGACUGGUAUACUCAUCUCCUCCGCUCCAUAGUACCAUCACAAGAUUUGCUGAAACAACAACCUGAACAAGAUUUACCGCGACAAUUUUUUAGUUUCCAAGGUAAAGAAGGAGUCAAAUACGCUUUCAAAGUUCUUGACCGUCGUACAAAUAUUUUAACCUAUGAAAAAAUGCCAACAUAUCAUAGAUAUGGUAUGCGUUUAUUAUUUAGUGGACCUAUUCAACGCGAAUUAUUGCAUACAAAUGCAGUAAAAAACUUUUUUGGUCGCGAAACAAAUCGUUUAGGUAAAGCAUUUGACGAUCCAAAAUCUCGUAAACAUAUACCAUCAUUUGUUAAAAUGUAUCAAAUCAACAUGAAUGAAUUACUACAAACAAAUAUAUCUGAUUAUGCAACAUUCAAUGAAUUUUUCUAUCGAAAAUUAAACCCAAGCGCUAGAAAAAUAGCCGACAGCAAGAACCCAAAUGUAGUUGUUUCAGCUGCUGAUUGCCGUUUAAUUAUAUUUGAUAAUGUAAAUGACGCUACACGUCUUUGGAUCAAAGGCCAUCAUUUUUCUCUUAAAAAUUUAUUUCAUGAUGAAAAAUUAGCCGAAGAAUUUAAUGGUGGUUCGAUAGCAAUAUUUCGGUUAGCACCUGUCGAUUAUCAUCGAUUUCAUUCACCGGUUGAUGGAAAAAUUGGCACUCAGAUGAAAAAAAUAACUGGAACGUAUUAUACUGUCAAUCCCAUUGCAAUCAAAGAAAAUCUAGAUGUUCUAACGAGAAAUCAACGGACAGUAAUUACAAUAGAGAGUGAACUGUUUGAAAAAACUGUAUUUGUCGCUAUUGGUGCUCUACUUGUUGGAUCUGUCAAUUUCACUGUUAAACCAAAGCAACAAAUUAAUAAAGGAGAUGAACUUGGUUAUUUUGCUUACGGUGGUAGUACUAUUGUCGUUGUAUUCAAAGCUGGUAUGAUAAAAUGGGAUGAUGAUUUACGACAUAAUGCUGACAAUUCUAUGGAAACACUUGUUCGUAUGGGUGAACAAAUUGGUCGGCGAAGAACUGCCGAAGAACGACAAGAAUAUUUCUCAAAUGUCUCAAAUAAUGGAGCGAAAAAUGCUACAAUAACUCAACUAGUCAAUUGCUUUCCUAUGAUGACUGUGGCCAAAUAA